ACGUUCAUAUCUGCUCCAUUGGGAAAAAAAAUGGCACUGAGACAUUUCUUCAAACACCUUACCAUCUUAACUUCCAGCUAUGGUUUCUGCACUAUCUCAAGCCGUUUCAUUCACCCAUCUCUCACUACCCUCUUCAAUAACAUCAAUCCCAAAACCCAACCAUUGAUUCCCACAAAGUUUUCUCUUCCUUUGUCUCAUUGUUACACCUCACUCUCUCACCCUUCCACUUCUACCUUAUUAUCUCCUUAUCUCUCUGUUCGUAUUCGAUGUCCCAAAGACAUUGCUGAUGUGUUUUCUGAAGCUCUUAUGUGCUUUGGUGCAUCUUCAACUACUGUGGAUGAAGAUGAUAAUUGUGACACUUCUAAUGAGAUAUGCAUUGAGUCCAUAUUUCCAGAAUCUGAAGAUGUGGAUGUCUGCAUCUCACUGGCUGCUGAUUCUGUAGGCUUAAAAAUGAUACCUAGUUACGAAGUUAAAACAGGUGAACAUUAUGAUUGGAUAAAGAAAACUCAGGAAUCAUUUGAUCCAGUUGAAGUGACUGAAGGACUUUGGAUUGUUCCUGUGUGGAAGACUCCCCCAGAUGUUAAAGCAACAAAUAUUAUUCUGAAUCCUGGAUUGGCAUUUGGCACUGGGGAGCAUCCAACCACUAGAUUGUGUUUAUUGCUGCUACAAAGAUUGAUCAUAGGAGGAGAACGUUUCUUGGAUUAUGGCACAGGUUCUGGCAUUUUGGCAAUUGCGGCACUUAAGUUUGGUGCUUCUUUCUCUGUUGGAAUCGAUAUAGAUCCCCUAGCAAUAACAUCUGCACGUCACAAUGCUGCUCUGAAUGACAUAGGUCCUGAAAAUUUUCAAUUACGCCUGGUUUCUAGCAACACUUCCUCCCCCUCCGCUGAUGAACAUAAAGAUAUUCAAAAACAGACUUCAUUUGAGGCAGUGGCCGAAUCCGAACAUGAAACAUACGACGUGAUCGUUGCAAAUAUACUUCUAAAUCCUUUGUUAGAACUGGCAGAUGAUAUUGUCUCUCAUGCUAGGCCCGGUGCAGCAAUUGGCCUUUCGGGUAUUCUAUCUGAGCAGGUUCCUUGCAUUAUAGAUCGAUAUUCUCCAUUGCUAGACAACAUAUCCGUAUCAGAGAUUGAUUAUUGGGCUUGUUUAAGUGGUACAAAGAAACUGAGUGGCAACUGAAGAACAUUUUACCAUUCAGUCACAUAGAACUAGAGAUGGUUUAAAUUGGUUUUCGAUUUUUUGAGAAUAUGUAACUUAUAUCAUUAAGUGCAGUACAUUUUUUUCACCGGAAUCAAGUUACAGUACCUAAUCUUCCAUGGCAAUUUAUUACAUUAUUUCUUAUGUAAUCUACAAAAUUUACUGCUGCUCU